AUAAAUAGAUAGAUAGAUAGAUAGAUAGAUAGAUAGAUAGAUAGAUAGAUAGAUAGAUAGAUAGAUAGAUAGAUAGAUAGAUAGAUAGAUAGAUAGAUAGAUAGAUAGAAUAUACUGCAACUAACAAGAAUUCGCCACCCAUCCUUCCAAUAAAAGUAAUACAUUGACUUCUAUUGUGUAGCGGUAUUUUGUAAAGUGGUUCUGCUAGUUCAACAUUUCCUGCAUCUUACAAUUUGUGAUCUUUCGGUUUCUUAACAGUUUUAACUUAUAAGAAAAAACUACAAGACAGACGAUGGGUGGAGUAGUAAGCUCUAUGGAACAUCUUGACACUCUGCCAAAGAGGCUCCAGUAUCUGUCCGAGGAGGACCCCAACAAGGAGCUCUACGUCUUCUACAACGACGGUGUGCGUGAUGCCUACACCUCCAGAGAACUGUUCACCUUGGCUGGGAGGUUCGCCCACAGACUGCGUCAGCAAGGGUUUCAGAAAGGGGACGUCAUCGCCAACACGCUGCCAAACUCCCCGGAACGCCUCAUUACAGACGUCGGCAUUGUCAUGGCCGGAUGUGUAACAAUGAAUGGACAGGUCUUAUUGGCUGACGGGUCAGACGUCUUCCGGUCUGCCAAAGUUGCUAGAUGUCGCGCCGUCCUCGUGUCAGACGAGGGGCCAGGCUGGCGGCUUAUCCAACGGUUCCUAUCGAAAGAAGCUCAAGCUGGAUGUUUGUUUCCCUUGGACAUCGUGGAGGCACCAGAGAUGAAGUCUGCCAUCGUAAUAUCCAGAGGGGAUCCUCAUUUUCUGGACGACAUAAGAAAUGGAUCCAAAGAAACGUUUGUCAGUCCUUCAGAGCCCGAAGACCUCAUGAUUGUGCUGACCACCUCCGGCUCCACGGGAUACUCAAAGCUUGUCCCUCGGUGCCACCAAGACAUCAUCUCUCAAAGCCUGAUGCAUUCUCAGCUGCGUUCUCCGGACUUGACCUGGCCAAAGCCAAGUGACAAGCGUUUUGUGUACUACAGUGACAGGAUGAUGGGAUGGACAGGGGGUAUUUCGUUUUACUCCCUGUGUCAGGCUGACACAAGAGUUUUGCAGGAUUUGUUUCACGCGCCUCGGGACACGGCCUCGGAGCUAUGGCGGGCGGUGGAAGCUGAAAAUUGUGAGGUGUGCGGGUUUUUGCCGCUGGAACUGGAGAAUGUCUUGGAACGUCUUAGGACUUCCGGUAGACUUCCGGUGAAUAGGAAGCUGAAAACGAUUAUCACGGGAGGACAACCCAUUAGAAAGAGUCAGCUUCAAAGCUUUUUCACUUUGGCUGAAACUGUUUUCUUAGGGUACGGCUCUACUGAAGUGCCUUGUGUAACAAGACAGUUCCUGAAAGAAGAGACGUUCGAGUCCUACAACUGUGGUAAAGUUCUGGAUGGUCUAUCUGUCAAAAUUUGUCGAGACGACGGAGAGGACUGUCAGGUUAAUGAGAUUGGAACUCUUUUUGUCAGAGGCUUUAGCGUGUUUCGGGGUUACUUCAAUCAACUAGAAAACCCCAAUCCCCAGAAUCAAAAAGCCUUCACCCCAGACGGCUGGUUUAACACCGAGGAUUAUGGGUACUUCGACGAAGCGGACGACCUGUAUGUUCUCGGCAGGGUCAAGGACGUCAUCAUGUAUGGGGCGUUCGUUUUCUACCCUGGAUGGAUGGAAAGAAAAUUGCUCGAGCACCCAGAUGUAUUGGAAGCCAUUAUAGUCCCUGUCACCGAUCCAGUUCUGUACCAUAAUAUUUGUGCCUGUAUUAAACUAAGACAAGACAGCGGCCUAGACGAAGACAAACUCAAAGACUAUUGUGACACCAUAUUUUUGCCAGAAAUGUCAACAGCUCUGACACCCAAGCCGAAGUAUUUUAUUAUCAUGAAAGACAACUUCCCAGAAACGGCAACUGGAAAGCCAGACAAACAGUUAUUGAAACGUAUGGCAGAGGACAUGUUCGGAUAUUCUGGGAAGUAGGAAAUUUCCGUGAGAGAGAUAUACUCGUGAUGCUUCAAACAUUAUAACAGAUGACCUAAACAUUAUAUCGAAUAAAUCUAAUAUUGAAAUAGAUAAAUGUUCACUGAUUUUCAUUGAGACUUUUAAUACACUACUAAUAUAUAGGUCGUUCGAUAUGCUAGGACAAAUUUGUACAAAUGCUCUUUCUUCCCUAGUGCUAUUAGAACAUGGAAUGGAUUGCUUGAGCUAGCCAGGAAAACCAAUGACUUGGCAGAAUUCAUUUAUAAACAUGCAUGACUAGAUUCAUGACGCGCAGGAUGUAAUCAUCUUCUUUUUGAAGCUACGUCUGUAUAAUAUAAGAUAAGAAGAUAAGAACUUUGUGCAAAUAAAAAAUUUUGGAUUUAGAGGUUCUUGGAUUAUAGAUAUUUGGGGUAAUCAAAUUUCACUAACGGACAUAUGGGUUUAUGCAGUCUCCACUGCUCGCCUUUUCUCCCAGAAGAAACAUAUGCGUUUUUUUUUGUUUGUUAAAUAUAAGACGUCUUUGGUCUAAUCGCUGUAAGAAAUACGAAAUUUUUAAUAUACUAUUUAUUUUAAAAGCAUAUUAUAAUAGUGUGCACUUUGAACCACUGAAAAUGAAACUUCUGAAACUCUCGUAAGCUCUUGUUGAACCAAGCUAUUUGUAUUUUUAAUUGGAAAUAGUGAUCUUUUAAAAUGGCCCCCUUAGAAUUACGUAUUUUAUUUCUCUCAAACUUCCUCGUUUCCUUGUCUUAGGUUUUUCUUUAGGUACCAUUAUAACGCUCCAGAAUUUCUACACAUUGCUUUUUUUUUCUGCAUUAUUUUCUUUUUCUGUAUUGUAUUGCUUAAUAGAAAGCUGACCGGUAAACAAAGGGCAGAUUACUGUGAUUAAUUACCGUAUGAAAAUCUCUAAAAUAAAAUCUAAUGUUCUCUAAAUGUUUCUUACACUAGGCGAGAAAAUAAGGCUCGCUGUCUCACACGUAAUAGAAAAGAAUGGAAACGCGAUUUCGGAAGGAUUCUAUAAGUAGAAACAAGGCCAGUAACCCAUUGUAACAUUUUGUAGCGUUAUGUGGUUCACGGUAGUUUCCCUUCCUUUCUUAUGUAUCAAAGUCAGUGUUUCCCAAACUGUGUUCCGCGGAACCCUAGUGUUCUGCGGGAUGUAAAAAUAAGUGAAUAAUUACUUAUUAGCCCACCACGUGAAUUAAUGUCUCUAAAAAAUAAGCAAAGUAUUCCGCUAAAUACUUAGAAUUUGUGAAGGGCUCGGGAAACACUGAUCUAACUAAAGCAGGGGUGGGCAACCUUUUCCUUUCGCGGGCCGCAUUUAUAAAAAGUUUGAGAAUGGGUGCCGCAUUUAUAAAAUGUUUGAGAGUGGGUGCCGCAUUUAAAUAAUUAAAAAAACAACAACUGUUUCCUCAGUCGAAGCAUGAGCUCAAUCAAUUGUUACACUUGCCAUCUUGUUCCAAGCCAACACUGCACCUUCAAACAGUUCUUCAUAUCAUUGAAUAAAUACUGGCCUGAGUUUGUGUCUUUGAAAAUAUUGUCUAUAAGAGUAAUAUUCGUUUACUUUAAACGUUUUAGAAUGGCAUGUAGAGACAAUGUUUCUUUAGCCUCUUCAUCUUAAGUGAUAAGAAUCAGAAGUUUCAAUAAUUUAUAUUGAUAUCUAAAAUUAUUUAUUUUAAAAAUAUUUGCAGUUUUAUAUGUAUAAUUUGUGGGCACACCUGAUUUCUGUAAGUGUCUGCGGGUCGCAUAAAACACACCGGAAGGCCGCAUGUGGCCCGCGCCCCGUAAUUUGCCCUCCCCUGAACUAAAAGAUAUAUCAAAGCAUAAUAAUUGUGUGAGAGAGACAGCGGAGAUUGUGUGAGCUCGUUAUUUGACCAACAGUAUAAUUUGAGGCUUACAAGUGUGUACUUCUGAUUUUACCUAAAAAUGAAAUUAUGCUAAUAGGGCAUAAAUGUUGAUUAUAGACUGUUUCUGCACAUCGUGUAAAUAUAAUAUAGCAUUCACUUCAUCAAUUUUAGCAAAGCCAAAAUAAGCUCAUACUUAAUUCUUUUCAUUUUUUUAUUAUUUUUUUUUAUAUUAUCUCUCAUUUCCAUUGUAGUCUCUUCUCUUGUGUCUUAGAAAAAAAAUAUUUUAAAUUAAAAUUGGAAACAUA